UAGCCUCCAUUGACCCUUGAUUUUUUUCGUCAAUUACAGCACGAAAUGAACGCCUACGCCUCACAAUACCCGCCGGCUAUUCCUAUUGAUCCUUCAUACAAGGAGUUUUUCCAGGCCUUUUACGCCACAUCGGACACUCCAGAGGCGCACGAAGACUACGUCAAAUACUUCACAAAAGAUGCAACACUAGUCAUGGCUUCCAAAAUAGCAGUGGGCCGAGAUGAGAUCCUAGCCUUGCGCAAAGCCAUGUGGGAAACGGUCUCCAGCAGGGCGCACGCACCGCUGAAGAUAUUUCCGUUUGGUCCAGACGCUAACGAAGUCAUGUUGUAUGGAACGGUAAAAUACGGCCUUAAGGUAGGGGGAGAGUCAAGUAAAGACUGGGCUGCAAGGGCGCACCUCGUCAAGGAAGGAGACGGCAAAGUGAUGAUGAGCUUCUAUCAAGUGUAUCUGGAUACAGCGGCAUAGAUCAAGUAGAGUGUUGAUCUUAGGUAAAUCAAUGCACCGGCUCUUGGAGCUAUUGACGUAUUUGGUAACAUUCGCUGUACACACGGAGCUUGUCAGCAUCGUAUCCGAUGCUACUGUUACCUAAGUACC